AUAUUGUAGUUGCAUCUAGUCCAUGUACAGGUUACCCGAUCAUGUUUCACCAUUCCCCCCAACCUAUGAUUGAACAAUUGGCAUUGCGUCAGAGGUGAUCAUCAUGGAACGAUUUAAGAAUUCGAAAAUGCGUUCUAAAAAUCACGUUACUCCAUAUAUCCACAAUAGCAAGUGAGGUCAACAUAAUUGAUUUAUAUUUCUUUAUAUUUUAUAAAGUCAACGUAUCAUUAGCCUUGUCAAUACAAUUUAGAAACAGUGGAGACAUUGGUGUAAUAACAAUCAUCAGCGAGAUAAGUUUAAAAAUAAUAAUUCACAAACUAAGAUAUCGAAGACUACACGGCCUAGGCCGAAACUGGCCAAAAUAAUGCCCCCCAAAAAUCCGAAAAAGACUGACAACCUUCAUGAGCAACACCAGCGACUCCUUGUGGAUAAUGACAGUUACCUGGUUGCCAUCCGAAAACAGAAGGAACACCUUGCCAGUCUGGACACCAAGAUGAAGGAGAUGCAGACCAAACUGUUGCAGAGGAAGAAGGAGAUGGGUGGUAGGAUCCGCAGCCUGAAGAGACCUCUUCAUCAGAGGAAGCACAUCCGCAUCAUGGAGGUCCGUGUCAACCAGGCCACUAAAAGCUUUGACAAGUUGCUAUGCAGCAACCAGGCAUUGCGUGAUGAGAUUGACCACCUGCGGCGCCAGAGGUGCUCCUUCGCCCUUAUGUACCAGCGUCUGAGCAGAGAGCUACUGUCCCAGCACAAUGUCAUGGAAUACCUCGUGGAGAAGUCUGUCCUUGCCUACGACCAGCGGUCCGAGGCCCUGGCCCGCAUGCUAGCUGUGAGGGAGCGUAGCAAGAAGGACACGUCUCUCUGCCACACUGAGAUGACUGAGCUGAAGAGAGUCAUCGACCACGAGAUCAAACUCCGCAGCUUCAUGGUCCAAAAGUCCAAGGAGAGUGUCCCCAUAGGCGAGGAAGAAGAGGCCAAAAAGAGAAGGGCCGAGCAGGCUCAGCGUGAGCGAAUGGGAGGAGAGAGUCUGGAGACCUACCAGGCGGUGCACCGGCUGCUCGUGGAGGUGAGCGGCAACAGCGACCUACGUCAGCUCGGCAGGACGUUUGUGGAGAACGAGGAGAAGAGCUUUGCUUACUUCAACUACAUCAACGAGCUGAACAACAAUAGCACCAUGCUGAAGGACCGCAUCAACAAGCUCAGGACUGAGAUCCUGCACUUUGAGCUGGAGAACAAGCAGUAUGAUCAACAGUGGCAGGGCCAGCUCAAGGAACUGGAGAGAGAGCUGGAGCAGCGUAGUUGCCGGGCCAAUCAUUUGGAGAGCCAGUACACUGUGGUUCUGAAGUGUUUGGACCAGCAUAAGACGGCCAUCGCCCACCUGUUUAACAAGAUGAAGUGUAACCCUGCUUCUAUCAUUGGCAAGCUGGGCUGCAGCGCUCAGGUCACUGAUGACAACGUCACCCAGUUUAUCGGUAUCCUGGAGGAGGAGAUGCACCAGCUGUUGAUGUUCCUGUCCCAGUGCAGCUACAAGGAGGCCGAGGAGAUGGAGCUGCCCCCUCAGAACCUCCUACUGGUCAGCUGCAGCCUGCUGCCCGCCGUGACCUCCUCUGCUACAGAGGCACCCUCCUUCGACGACAGCACCACUGAAGCACUACUGGGCCUGGGCAGCGAGCAGCCUCUGGACUUCCAGACCCUGCGUGAGCGGGUGCUGCCCCGGGUGAUGCAUACUGAACAGGGUAAGGUGCCCAAGGCCCCAUCUGCCCCCCUAAGAGGAAAGAAGAAGGUGGGCUUCAACCCCAAGUCUGCCUGAGCAGGAGCCUCUGACGCUCACAAGACAUGGUGCUCACAUACUGCGUUGUUUUAAUGUCAAAGAAACCAUUACAGCAUUUAGCUUUAGUCCUUGGUCUCAGUAAUCUGUUCAUUGUUCAACGUGUCCUUUGCCCCCCACCCCCACCACUGCUUUUGAACAGGUUUGUUCUCAUUGUUGGAGGAAAUAACACAGCUCAUCUAGGCCCUUAUCCCUAGUCUCCCACCCCAGGAAAGAUACUUAGUUUUGGGCAAUGAAAUAACAAAUGGUGGGUGGCUCAGGGCUUUGCACCUCUGCGUCAAGGUCUGUCAGCAUGGCCAGGCACCACCUCAGUGGAGUAACAACAGGCUUUACGGGGAUCACUGGCUGACAGCUUAGUGUCUGCCCUGCCUUUGGGAUGCAUCAUGCGGUGUAACGUUACCCCGUAACCUCAUGACAUGCACUAAAAUAAACACGGGGGCUUUGUCUUUCCAAACCAAACCCCAUGUUUUGAUGGAGAGUGUUAGGCCCCUCUGUACCUUGAAGACCAGUGUGAUGCCAGAAGACGGCCAUCUCUGCUACAUCACUGGCUCUCAUUGCUCCUCUCUAAAUGCAGAAGGCUACAUGCUCUUAGUCUUAGAGGAUCCAUAAUAUUCUCAGAUGCUGGGCAGGACUGCUACCAAAACAAAACUAAAACCCUGAAUCAGUUUACAAACCAAUAGAAAAGCUCUCCCUCACUGAACAGAUCAUUUGAACCUCACAAACUCUCCUCUUGGGCUGUUUGUGCGUAAGCAGCAUUCUCCUAAUACUAUUUUCAACCCAUACUGAUGUCAUUAACCCCUGAUGUAAACUCCUGCUAGUGAUGAAACCUUACAGAUUAAAAGGUAUUGAUUUUGUGUAUUACUUAUUUACAACACAGUGUGAUGCAACAGUUAUGUGAUCAACUUGGGCAAAAUAAUUGAGGGAAGCACACACCCAUUGAUGCAUAGACUUGAUUUGUUGAGUUGAUACAGAAUAUCACUUAAGAUGACAUUCGUUCCAAUAUGUCAUCAGUCAUUCAAGUAAAUAAAGGACAGUGAAUAUA